UCUUUUCUUAGCUGUUUCUUUUCCUUUCUUUUUAUCUUUUUUUUUUGUGUUGUUCUGUCUUUUUUCCCCUGUUUUUCACCUAAGUUAUUUGGGAUUCCAAUUUUUCUCUAUUUUUUUUUUUCAUUCCUAAGUUUCUCUCCACCUCCUUUCGUCUCUGCCUCUUAUUUGUCUACCAAAUCUUUUCUUGCGCCUCUCUGGUUUUAUUGCUCGUUGAUCGUUUGUUUCUAAUUGCAUCUUGAUUUCUGAUGGAUCGUGAUUUUCAUCGUCGUGGUCAAGUGAUGAACAUGCAGGCGAAUGAUCGUGCACAAAGCAACUUUGUUCGAUUGGAUAAACCGAGAGCUGUAGACGAUCUUGAUAUAGGCAAGAGAGGGAAGAUGCGUAGGUGGUUGUGCUGUUCUUGCCGUGUACAAGAAUCUUACCCUUCAGCAGAUCAUAACCGUUUAAGAACCCCUCCUACUCGCCACCACGACUACGGACGUAACAACAAGAAAACACCAGCUCCUGUAAAGCCUCCUGUCUUGAAGGAGCCUCCUCCCAUCGAUGUGCCAGCGAUGCCAUUGGCUGAGCUCAAAGAAAAGACUGAGAAUUUCGGAUCAAAGGCAUUGAUUGGUGAAGGAUCCUAUGGAAGAGUGUACUACGCAAGUUUGGAUGAUGGGAAGGCCAUGGCGGUGAAAAAGCUUGAUAAUGCAUCCGAACCCGAAACAAACGUCGAGUUCUUGACUCAGGUCUCCAAGGUAUCGAGGCUGAAGAAUGACAAUUUUGUUGAGCUUCUUGGUUAUUGUGUCGAAGGAAACCUCCGGGUUCUCGCGUAUGAGUUUGCCACAAUGGGAUCUUUGCACGACAUAUUACAUGGGAGAAAGGGAGUCCAAGGAGCUCAACCUGGUCCAACACUUGAGUGGAUGCAACGAGUCCGAGUUGCAGUUGAUGCAGCUAAAGGAUUAGAAUACUUACACGAGAAAGUUCAACCUCCGGUUAUACACAGAGAUAUUCGAUCUAGCAAUGUGCUUCUUUUCGAAGAUUUCAAAGCCAAGAUUGCUGAUUUUAAUCUUUCUAAUCAAGCUCCUGAUAUGGCUGCUCGCCUUCAUUCCACUAGAGUUUUGGGAACAUUUGGUUAUCACGCACCAGAAUAUGCGAUGACAGGACAAUUGACACAAAAGAGUGAUGUUUACAGUUUCGGAGUUGUGCUUUUGGAGCUUCUUACCGGGAGAAAACCGGUUGAUCAUACAAUGCCUCGUGGUCAACAAAGUCUUGUUACUUGGGCAACUCCAAGGCUGAGUGAAGACAAAGUGAAGCAAUGUGUUGAUCCAAAACUCAAAGGAGAGUAUCCUCCUAAAGCAGUUGCCAAGCUUGCGGCGGUUGCAGCGUUGUGUGUGCAGUACGAAGCAGAGUUUAGGCCAAACAUGAGCAUUGUAGUAAAAGCUCUUCAACCACUCUUGAGGUCUUCAGCAACAGCUGCUGCUCCUCCAACACAAGCUUAAUUCUUCUUUGUGGCUCUUGCAUAUUGAUUAACUCAUGGUUUCAAGGUUUUUUUUUCUUUACUUUAUUCUUUCUGUUUACAAAUGGAAUGUAAAUGGGUUAUUGAGGAGAGUUGGUGAGUAGGAAUUGGAAUUCGAGUCCAUGGUUGUGUUAACUGUUAUUUGUUGGGUUGAUUCUCUAUGAAAUCUUCUAAAUUUUGUCUGUUCUUUUUUAUAUAUGAGUUGAUAUUUUAUCUUC